AUGUUGCGCGUGCUCAUGGACGACCCCAUGUCGAUUUUCUGGAUGUCCUUCGAUGACGUCAAGGAGUACUUCGCACAGGUGGAGAUUUGCCGAGUCCACCGUGGCUGGCAGGAGGUCCGCCAGAAGGCAUGGCUGCCCUCAGGCGUGGGCGCUGGCGAGGCCUUUGACCUAUUGCUGGAGGAGAAGAGCAAUGUGGACAUCGCCUUUUGGCAGGAGCGCCACAGCACCCGGGAGGGAGCGUUGGGAGCCACCUGCAUGAAUGUGGAUGUGGGCCUGGCGAUCCUGCGCCGAAGAGGUGAGGCACAGGGCUACGCAAUCUACGACUUGGUGGACUCCGCGCCCCGGUCCUUUGAUGACUGCGUGAGCCUCGAGGUGAUCCUUGAGGGGGGCUGCCAGUACCGGGUAGUGCCCAUUUGCCUGGGUCUCCUCACGGAGACGCCGCGCCAGGGCGUCCUGGCAGUGCACUCGGUGAAGCCGGUGCGGCUCCAGAAAGUCUCCUCCUCCUGGCGCGAGGCGGGGACGAGGUCUUAG